AUGGAUGAUCAAGGAAGAAGGAGAGGAGUGUCAGAGGAGGGAGAGGAGCAGGUCAAAGAGGGAGAGGAGCAGGUCAAGGAGGGAGAGGAGCAGGUCAAAGAGGGAGAGGAGCAGGCCAAGAAGGGAGAGGAGCAGGCCAAGAAGGGAGAGGAGCAGGCCAAGAAGGGAGAGGAGCAGGUCAAAGAGGGAGAGGAGCAGGCCAACAAGGGAGAGGAGCAGGUCAAAGAGGGAGAGGUGCACGUCAAAGAGGGAGAGGAGCAGGCUGUGAAGGGAGAGGAGCAGGCCAAGAAGGGAGAGGAGCAGGCCAAAGAGGGAGAAGAGCAGGCCAAGAAGGGAGAGGAGCAGGUCAAAGAGGGAGAGGAGCAGGUCAAAGAGGGAGAGGAGCAGGCCAAGAAGGCAGAGGAGCACGUCAAAGAGGGAGAGGAGCAGGCCAAGAAGGGAGAGGAGCAGGUCAAAGAGGAAGAGGAGCAGGCCAAGAAGGGAGAGGAGCAGGUCAAAGAGGGAGAGGAGCAGGCCAACAAGGGAGAGGAGCAGGUCAAAGAGGGAGAGGUGCACGUCAAAGAGGGAGAGGAGCAGGCUGAGAAGGGAGAGGAGCAGGCCAAGAAGGGAGAGGAGCAGGCCAAAGAGGGAGAAGAGCAGGCCAAGAAGGGAGAGGAGCAGAGGGAGAGGAGCAGGUCAAAGAGGGAGAGGAGCAGGCCAAGAAGGGAGAGGAGCAGGCCAAAGAGGGAGAAUAGCAGGCCAAGAAAGGAGAGGAGCAGGUCAAAGAGGGAGAGGAGCAGGUCAAAGAGGGAGAGGAGCAGGGUCAAGGAGGGAGAGGAGCAGGCCAAAGAGGGAGAGGAGCAGGUCAAAGAGGGAGAGGAGCAGGUCAAAGAGGGAGAGGAGCAGGCCAAGCAGGUCAAAGAGGGAGAGGAGCAGGCCAAGCAGGUCAAAGAGGGAGAGGAGCAGGCCAAGAAGGGAGAGGAGCAGGCCAAAGAGGGAGAGGAGCAGUUCAAGAAGGGAGAGGAGCAGGCCAAGAAGGGAAAGGAGCAGGCCAAAGAGGGAGAGGAGCAGGUCAAGAAGGGAGAGGAGCAGGUCAAAGAGGGAGAGGAGCAGGUCAAAGAGGGAGAGGAGCAGGCCAAGAAGGGAGAGGAGCAGGUCAAAGAGGGAGAGGAGCAGGUCAAAGAGGGAGAGGAGCAGGUCAAGGAGGGAGAGGAGCAGGUCAAGGAGGGAGAGGAGCAGGCCAAGAAGGGAGAGGAGCAGGCCAAGAAGGGAGAGGAGUAG